UCGAGUUCCAGAUUCGGGAAGUAACUAAAGUCAAUAGGCGCCAAGUACCAAAUAGUCAACUGUUGGAUUAUUGAAAAAUCGAUCCUCAAUGAUUUCUCAUCAGUCUAUUCAAUCAAUCCACUGCUCAGUCCAGUAAUAUAAAACACCAUUGAUUCGAUUCCAGCAACUACUCACUCAAAUGGGCUUUGUUAGUUUUCUCACCAUGACGAAGAGAUUCACUGGAAUCAUCGCUAUUCUCUUGUUGCUUUCGCUGACAACAGCCUCUGCUUCUCAGGAGUUUUGUGAUGCUAGGAUGGAUUACAGUGUUGUGGGAUGUGGAGGAUCUGACUCCACUUCACAAACGAUCUUGAUUAAGGGAGGGACAGUUGUAAAUGCUCACCAUCAACAGGUCGCUGAUGUUUUUAUAGACAAUGGGAUUGUUACUGAUGUGAAACCUAACAUCAAGGUCAGUGAUGAAGUUACAAUAGUUGAUGCCACUGGAAAGUUUGUCAUGCCAGGGGGAAUUGAUCCUCACACUCACCUGGAAUUUGAAUUUAUGGGUACUGAAACAAUUGAUGACUUCUUCAGCGGGCAAGCGGCUGCACUAGCAGGUGGAACAACCAUGCACAUUGAUUUUGUCAUCCCGGUGAAUGGGAGUCUAUCUUCAGGGUUUAAAGCAUACGUAGAAAAAGCAAAGAAGUCUUGUAUGGACUAUGGUUUCCAUAUGGCAAUAACCAAAUGGGAUGAUACUGUUGCAAGAGAAAUGGAAAUUAUGGUUAAAGAGAAAGGCAUCAACUCCUUCAAAUUUUUCCUAGCGUACAAGGGUGCUCUCAUGAUUAAUGAUGAGCUUCUGUUGGAGGGACUUAAAAAAUGCAAGUCUGUUGGUGCUUUAGCCAUGGUUCAUGCGGAAAACGGGGAUGCUGUUUUUGAAGGCCAGAAAAGAAUGAUUGAACUUGGUAUUACUGGUCCAGAGGGUCAUGCACUUUCAAGGCCCCCUUUGCUAGAAGCAGAGGCCACUGCUCGGGCUAUCCGUUUGGCUGGUUUUGUUAACACACCUUUGUACGUUGUACAUGUCAUGAGCGUCGAAGCAAUGGAAGAAAUAGCUAAAGCUCGGCAAUCAGGUCAGCGAGUUGUUGGUGAACCAGUGGCUUCAGGUCUAGUUCUUGAUGAUUCUGGCCUUUGGGACCCAGACUUCUACACAGCAGCGAAGUUUGUCAUGAGCCCACCCAUUCGAGCAGCAGGGCAUGGAAAGGCUCUUCAGGCUGCACUUUCAACUGGUGUCCUACAGCUAGUUGGUACCGACCACUGUACCUUCAACUCAACACAGAAAGCUUUUGGAAUAGAUGAUUUCAGAAAAAUCCCAAAUGGUGUCAAUGGCAUUGAGGAGAGAAUGCAUCUGGUUUGGGAUACAAUGGUGGCCUCAGGGAAAAUAUCUGUCACUGAUUAUGUUCGAAUAACAAGCACUGAAUGUGCAAGGAUAUUCAAUAUCUAUCCACAGAAGGGAGCAAUACUUCCUGGGUCGGAUGCAGACAUAAUCAUAUUAAAUCCCAAUUCAAGUUUUCAAAUAAGCUCAAAUUCUCACCAUUCAAGAUCAGAUACAAAUGUCUAUGAGGGAUGGAUUGGGAAGGGAAAAGUUGAGAUAACUAUUGCGGGUGGAAGGAUUGUUUGGGAAAAUAACGAACUAAAGGUUAAACGUGGUUCGGGCAAAUACAUAAAAACCCCUUUCAGUUAUGUUUUUGAUGGAAUUGAGAAAGCAGAUGCGAGUUACAUCUCUUCCCUAAGAGCACCAGUAAAUCGAUUUAAAGGCAUGCAAUGAAAUGCAUGUUCAAGUUAUGAAUACUUGUAAAGUAACAACUGAAUACUAUAUAGUUUUUCGUUUCUUCAAAGCAAUAAGUUGAGGGAUUACGUUGAUGUAUUUUAUUUUGUAUCUCUUUUGUGAAAUGUUAUAUGGUGCCAAAUGGGUGUAAGAUUGUUGGCACUACUUUGUCACAAAUUGUUCACUUCAUCCUUUAAGGGAAACCCAGGUUAUCCUCCUUGUUUA